UAUUUACCGAGCAUCGCGUCAAAACGAGCUCGGAUAGCGACGACGAAUCGCAAGAACGCCACAACGAAGUGCCAAGUCAGAGCGAGUGGUGAACUGGUGAGUGAAGCUGAGCGACGUCGACGCCAGACGGUGAUGGCAUUGGCGUGAUCGAUGGAGAGCAAGACGGCCAAGAUCCAAGCCGGCGCGGCGGCCGUUGUGCUGGUGGCCCUCGAGCUCUCCCUGUUCCUCUGCUUCCGCCUGUCGAGGCCGUUCUACCUGUCGACGGCGGUCAUCCUGUCGGUCGUGCUGGCGGGCACCGUGGCGGCGCUGCUGUGCCACGCGCUGAGCCCCCGGGGGCGGGCCGAGCGCAUGGCGCGGCGCCCGGUGCUUGACAGCGGCGAGGAGGUGUCCGUGCGCGUGGAGUACAGCUUCUUCCGCAAGGUCGCCGGGCUGCCCAGCCGGUUCUCGCUGGAGGCGCUCGCCACGGCCACGGACGACUUCCAGUGCGUGGUCGGGCGGGGCUCGUCGGGGACGGUGUUCAAGGGCAUCCUCGACGACGGCACGGCGGUGGCGGUGAAGCGGAUCGACGGGUCGGCGUACGGGGACAAGGAAUUCCGGGCGGAGGUGUCGGCCAUCGGCAGCGUGCAGCACGUGAGCCUUGCCCGCCUCCUCGGCUUCUGCCUCGUCCGGAACGGCCCGCGCUUCCUCGUGUACGAGUUCAUGGAGAACGGGUCCCUGGACAAGUGGAUCUUCUCGCAGCACGGCGGCGGCAGCGGCGGCGGGCGGUGCCUGACGUGGCUGCAGCGGUACCAGGUCGCCGUGGACGUGGCGAAGGCGCUGGCGUACCUGCACCACGACUGCCGCGCCAAGGUGGUGCACCUGGACGUGAAGCCGGAGAACAUCCUCCUCGACGACCGCCUCCGGGGAACGCUCUCCGACUUCGGGCUGUCGGCGCUGAUGGGGAAGGAGCAGAGCCGGGUGGUGACCACGGUGCGCGGCACGACGGGGUACCUGGCCCCGGAGUGGCUCCUGGGCGCCGGCGUGACCGAGAAGUCCGACGUGUACAGCUACGGGAUGGUCCUGAUGGAGAUGCUCGGCGGGCGGCGGAACCUGCAGGCGGAGCCCGGUCCCGGAGGGUCGCGGCGGUGGACGUACCUCCCGAAGCUCGUCGCCGACAAGGCGCGGGAGGGGCGCGUGAUGGAGGUGCUGGACCGGCGGCUCGCCCCGUCCUCGGUGGACGAGGGCGGGGUGCGGCGGCUGGCGCACGUGGCGCUGUGGUGCGCGCAGGAGAAGGCCGGCGCGCGGCCGACGAUGGCGCGCGUGGUGGAGAUGCUGGAGGCCAGGGGCGGCGCGGCCGUGGAGCCGCCGCCGCCGUCGGACAUGAUCGUGGUCGACCUGCUCGCGCUCGACCCCGCCGCGCACGCGCACCGCGGCGGCGGCGGCCCGUUCGGGCUGCCCACCACGCCGACGCCGGGCUCGGCGGGGACGGCGUCGUCGGUGGCGAGCAUGAGCGAUUCAUUCGCGCUCUCCUACCUGUCCGGGCGGUAGCGCGCGUUGCUUUGCCGUGUGCGUCAUGGCGUAGCGACCAGCCAAUGGGCAGAUCAGACUGUUCAGAGUCCAAUACUCCAAUCAAUUGAUGAUCCAAACGAAGGUGAAGACUCUGUCUUCAGUUCAGGUGCAUCAAUGCUUGCCUCUGAACUGAAGAUUGAGAUGCAGGUCAGCAGGUGUUGUUUCAGUAGGUUGAAGCUGGAAUACCAUCAGGGGGUGUCUUCUUGCU